AUGAAGUUCAUCUCGGCUGUUUUCGUGGCAGCCACCACCUUGUUGGCUACCGUGUCCGCCAUCCCCGCCCCAUCUAGUGCUCAGGCCCAGAACGCGGCGCAGCUCAAACACACGCCUCCAAUCUUCGCUUAUGCUUCACACCUCGGGGAGCGUCAGUCGGGAGGCGGCUCCAACGCGCUUGCAGAGCGCCAAUUGGAUCCGGAGGAGAUCUGCGCCCGUAGUUUUGCAGAGUGGCGUGCUUGUCGCGAGGCCGCUGGCUGCGAUCGCGAGUGCCCGGCUGGUGAGGCUUGUUACAAGGCCCUCUGUGCGACUCCCGCUUCCACGAACGGCAACGCCUGCACCCAGCUUCGUGCGAAGUGCGGACUUGUUGAGAAGCGCUCUGGAGGAGACUCGGGCGGAUUGGACAUCGCCCAGAACGACAAGCGUCAGGUCGUCGACGACCCGAACGCUGCUCAGGCCGCUCACCUUGUCGACAUCUGGACCGAGCCCUUCUUCUCUGGUCGAUACACCUGGAGCUACUAUUCUGAGAUGAUCGCCAGCACUUGCGUCGACGUCUCCGACUUCCCGGUUGAAUGGUCGUCGCUGAAGGUCAACCCGCAAGACACUGCAUUCCACUGCACAUUCUACGACCUGCCAAACUGCAAGGACGGGGCCAAGUCCUUCACCGUCGAUGGAACAAAUGGAUACGAAGCUCCCGAGCUCCGCCGCGUCGAUGGUAACUGGUACCACAACGUCCGAUCGCUCAAGUGCGAGCCAGGCGAGAUGUCCGUGGCCAACAAGCGUCAGGUCGUCGACGACCAGAACGCUGCUCAGGGCGCUCAUCUCAUCGACAUCUGGGAUCAGCCAAACUACAUCGGUGCCUUUACCUUUGCUGUUUACUCUCAGAUGACCAGCAGCAGCUGUGUCAACGUCGCCACCAAUCCAUUGGACUGGGCGUCGUUCAGGAUCUAUCCCAACGACAUCCUCUUUUACUGCACAUUCUACGCCAAGCCGGAUUGCCAACCUGGUGGAAAAGCCUUCACGAUCGCCGAUGGAACACAUGGAUACGGGGUUCCCGAUCUGCGCUCUUUUGGCAAUGGUCUUUGGUACCACAACAUCCGAUCGCUCAAGUGCCAGCCAGGUGUUUGUACGACAUGUUAA